GUAUUCAGAAAUUUAUUUGUGUUAUCUUUAGCCCUUUGAUUUUUUUUGGCAUGCUUAUGGAUUUGCUUUUCUUUUUUAAAAUUCCCCUUCCCUUAUUAUAGAUUUGUAUAGAUUUGGUUGAAGUCACAGAUGCCAUAUUCUUCAUCUUUAUAAUGCAAGUUUUCUUUCCAGGUAGAAGGACAAGAAAAUAAUGAGCCAAUGCCAUAGAAACGCAAAGGGUUAAAGGUUUUUCUUUUACUAUUGUUUUGGGUACGCUUUCUAUACUUUGAACGAAUGUGGUUUUCUGCUCAAUACUUUCAAAUUAUUGAAAGUUUUCAUUCAAAUCUUAGAAUUGUAGGAUUGUUACUUUUGAGAAACUGUUUCUCACACUAGAGCUCCCUCCAUAAUGCUCUAUUUGGAACUUAGUAAAUGCACCUACUUUGCUCUAAGCAUACUUAAAGUUAAAACAAAAGUAUGUGUACAAAAACUUUGAUAUCUUUAAUAGUUGGAGUCUGUUUUGCUAAUUUUAGCGUGCAAGUCAGCACAGGGGGCAUAGUGAGCCUGACGGAAGCUUUCCUCAGGUGAGUGAGUUUCACAAUCAAGAUUAGGUGCCUGUUUCUUAAAAGUUAGAGUCUGCUGCAGGUUUACAAAUUAGAUUUUCAGCCUGCAUGAAUUAGUAGGGAUAUUCUUUUUUUUUACUUGCAUAAUUGUAAUUGAUUUAAACAUGUAUGUCAGAAUUCACAGGCCCAUACUAACUGUCCUUAAUUUCUUUCCUACAGCAGUACUGCUAUAUGCCAGUCCUGUCUGCAUUCUUAAGGGUGCAGUUCAACACAUCCUCUCUAGAUUAUGGUGAAAAAGUAUUCCAAAGGAAGUCUUAUCAGAACUAGUGUCAGAAUAAAGACACUACCAAUUGGGCAUGAUCUUCAGCUUAGGAAUUGUCUUAGAAUAUUACUAUUUUUUCCUAAAUUGUGAUGCUAUACUGCUUGUAUAGCUAAUUGUCACAUUUCUAAAGCAUAAUGUGCCUCUUUGAGUCUUGUUAUAUAUUGCUUGGGCUUCUUUAAGAUAUUUUGAAGUUUGAAAAGCAAAUACUGAAAAUUUUAAUCAAGAGACUAACACAUCUCUUUGUAUACUGCUUUUCUUCUCUGCAUCAUAAUGCUAGAAGUAAUUUAUUUCAAAGAGUAUGUUUCCAUUGUAACUUUUUAAUAAAUAAAAAUGUUUCUGGGUCAACAAAACAUUUUAAAAAAUUAUGAAGCCCUUUUUAAUAACCUGACAUCAGAAUAUGAUUUUAGGUGUAUUUUUAAAAAUGAGAUUUUCUAAACUACAACUGUUUUAGAACACUGUAUGAAGAACUUAUCUAGUUAUAGUUAUUUAUAGUCAGGAUUUUAACAGCUUGCAACAGGUAAUGUUUUGAAUAUAAAUAUCUUUCCAAAGUGUUACUAAUGGUAAAGAGAUAAUUUUCUAGGCUUCUAUUCUGCUGCUUGAAGUCAGAACUGCUGAUGGAGACAAAGGCACGAAAGUGAGGGAAGACCCCUGAUCCUAAAAUGAAUGCUAGGACUUACAUGGAUGUAAUGCGAGAACAACAUUUGACUAAAGAAGAGAGAGAAAUUAGGCAACAGCUAGCAGAAAAAGCUAAAGCUGGAGAACUAAAAGUCGUCAAUGGAGCAGCAGCAUCCCAGCCUCCCUCAAAGCGAAAGCGGCGUUGGGAUCAAACAGCAGAUCAGACCCCUGGUGCUACCCCUAAAAAACUUUCAAGCUGGGAUCAGGCUGAGACCCCAGGGCAUACCCCUUCCUUACGAUGGGAUGAGACACCAGGACGUGCAAAGGGAAGUGAGACUCCUGGGGCAACACCAGGCUCAAAAAUAUGGGAUCCUACACCCAGUCACACACCAGCAGGGGCUGCUACUCCUGGACGAGGCGAUACCCCGGGUCAUGCCACACCAGGCCAUGGAGGUGCAACUUCCAGUGCUCGUAAAAACAGAUGGGAUGAAACCCCUAAAACAGAAAGAGAUACUCCUGGGCAUGGAAGUGGUUGGGCUGAGACGCCGCGAACAGAUCGAGGUGGAGAGUCUAUUGGUGAAACGCCAACUCCUGGAGCCAGCAAAAGAAAGUCACGUUGGGAUGAAACACCAGCUAGUCAGAUGGGUGGAAGCACUCCUGUUCUAACCCCUGGGAAAACACCAAUUGGCACACCAGCCAUGAAUAUGGCAACUCCUACCCCAGGUCACAUCAUGAGUAUGACUCCUGAACAGCUUCAGGCUUGGCGAUGGGAGAGGGAGAUUGAUGAGCGAAAUCGCCCACUUUCUGAUGAAGAAUUGGAUGCUAUGUUCCCAGAAGGAUAUAAGGUACUUCCCCCUCCAGCUGGUUAUGUUCCUAUUCGAACUCCGGCUCGAAAGCUGACAGCAACUCCAACACCAUUGGGUGGUAUGACUGGUUUCCACAUGCAAACUGAAGACAGAACUAUGAAAAAUGUUAAUGACCAGCCAUCUGGAAAUCUUCCAUUUUUAAAACCUGAUGAUAUUCAAUACUUUGAUAAACUAUUGGUUGAUGUUGAUGAGUCAACACUUAGCCCAGAAGAACAAAAAGAGAGAAAAAUAAUGAAGUUGCUUUUAAAAAUUAAGAAUGGAACCCCUCCAAUGAGAAAGGCUGCCUUGCGUCAGAUCACUGAUAAAGCACGGGAGUUUGGGGCUGGUCCUUUGUUUAAUCAGAUUCUUCCUCUACUGAUGUCUCCUACACUUGAGGAUCAAGAGCGUCAUUUACUUGUGAAGGUUAUCGACAGAAUUUUGUACAAACUUGAUGACCUAGUUCGACCAUAUGUGCACAAGAUCCUCGUGGUCAUUGAACCAUUAUUGAUUGAUGAAGAUUACUAUGCUAGAGUGGAAGGCCGAGAGAUUAUUUCUAAUUUGGCGAAGGCUGCUGGUCUGGCUACCAUGAUCUCUACCAUGAGACCUGAUAUAGAUAACAUGGAUGAAUAUGUCCGUAACACAACAGCUAGAGCGUUUGCUGUUGUAGCCUCUGCUCUGGGCAUUCCUUCUUUAUUGCCUUUCUUAAAAGCUGUAUGUAAAAGCAAGAAGUCCUGGCAAGCGAGACACACCGGUAUUAAGAUUGUGCAGCAGAUAGCUAUUCUUAUGGGCUGUGCUAUCUUGCCACAUCUCAGAAGUUUAGUUGAAAUCAUUGAACAUGGUCUUGUGGAUGAGCAACAGAAAGUACGAACCAUCAGUGCUUUGGCCAUUGCUGCCUUAGCUGAGGCAGCAACUCCUUAUGGUAUUGAAUCUUUUGACUCCGUUUUAAAGCCUCUGUGGAAGGGUAUUCGCCAACACAGAGGAAAAGGUUUGGCCGCUUUCUUAAAAGCUAUUGGAUAUCUUAUUCCUCUCAUGGAUGCAGAAUAUGCCAACUACUAUACUAGAGAAGUGAUGUUAAUUCUUAUUCGAGAAUUCCAGUCUCCUGAUGAAGAGAUGAAGAAAAUUGUGCUGAAAGUGGUGAAACAGUGUUGUGGAACAGAUGGUGUAGAAGCAAACUACAUUAAGACAGAGAUCCUUCCUCCUUUUUUUAAACACUUCUGGCAGCACAGAAUGGCUUUGGAUAGAAGAAAUUACCGACAGUUGGUUGAUACUACUGUGGAAUUGGCAAACAAAGUAGGUGCUGCUGAAAUCAUAUCUAGGAUUGUGGAUGAUCUGAAAGAUGAAGCUGAACAGUACAGAAAAAUGGUGAUGGAGACAAUUGAGAAAAUCAUGGGCAACUUGGGAGCAGCAGAUAUUGAUCACAAACUAGAAGAACAACUGAUUGAUGGUAUUCUUUAUGCUUUCCAAGAACAGACCACAGAGGAUUCAGUGAUGUUGAAUGGAUUUGGUACAGUAGUCAAUGCUCUUGGCAAACGAGUCAAACCGUACUUGCCUCAGAUCUGUGGUACAGUUUUGUGGCGUUUAAAUAACAAAUCAGCCAAGGUUAGGCAGCAGGCAGCUGACUUGAUUUCUAGGACUGCUGUUGUUAUGAAGACUUGUCAAGAGGAAAAAUUGAUGGGGCAUUUGGGUGUUGUUUUGUAUGAGUAUUUGGGUGAAGAGUACCCUGAAGUACUGGGCAGCAUUCUUGGAGCGCUGAAGGCCAUUGUAAAUGUAAUAGGUAUGCAUAAGAUGACCCCACCAAUUAAAGAUUUGCUGCCUAGACUCACCCCCAUCUUAAAGAACAGGCAUGAAAAAGUACAGGAGAAUUGUAUUGAUCUUGUUGGGCGUAUUGCUGACAGGGGAGCUGAGUAUGUAUCUGCAAGAGAAUGGAUGAGGAUUUGCUUUGAGCUUUUAGAGCUUUUAAAAGCUCACAAAAAAGCUAUUCGUAGAGCAACAGUCAACACAUUUGGUUAUAUUGCAAAGGCUAUUGGUCCUCAUGAUGUAUUGGCUACACUUCUGAACAACCUCAAAGUUCAAGAAAGGCAAAACAGAGUUUGUACCACUGUAGCAAUAGCUAUUGUUGCAGAAACAUGUUCACCCUUCACAGUACUCCCUGCCUUAAUGAAUGAAUACAGAGUUCCUGAACUGAAUGUUCAAAAUGGAGUGUUGAAAUCACUUUCCUUCUUGUUUGAAUAUAUUGGUGAAAUGGGAAAAGACUACAUUUAUGCUGUAACACCAUUACUUGAAGAUGCGUUAAUGGAUAGGGACCUUGUGCACAGGCAGACAGCUAGUGCAGUGGUACAGCACAUGUCACUUGGAGUUUAUGGAUUUGGUUGUGAAGAUUCACUGAACCACUUGUUGAACUAUGUGUGGCCCAAUGUGUUUGAGACUUCUCCUCAUGUGAUUCAGGCAGUUAUGGGGGCUCUGGAGGGUCUAAGAGUUGCUAUUGGCCCAUGUAGAAUGUUGCAGUAUUGUUUACAGGGUCUGUUUCACCCAGCCCGGAAAGUCAGAGAUGUGUAUUGGAAAAUUUACAACUCCAUCUACAUUGGUUCACAGGAUGCUCUCAUAGCACAUUAUCCAAGAAUCUACAAUGAUGAUAAGAACACUUACAUUCGUUAUGAACUUGACUAUAUCUUAUAACUUUAUUGUUUGUGUUUAAUGCACAGCUAUUUCACACCUUAAACUUGCUUCGAUUUGGUGAUAUAAACUUAAACAUUGCAGAUCAGUGUAGAACUGGUCAUAGAAGAAGAGCUAGAAAUCCAGUAGCAUGAUUUUUAAAUAACCUGUCUUUGUUUUUGAUGUUAAAACAAUAAGCGCCGGUAGUGACCAAGAACACAGUAAUUACACAUACUAUACUGGAGGGAUUUCAUUUUUAAUUCACCUUUAUGAAGAUUUAGAAUUCAUUCCUUGUGUUUAAAGGGAAUGUUUAAUUGAGAAAUAAACAUUUGUGUACAAAAUGCUAA